CAAAAACGUCAAAUUUACUCAGGUAAAAUUGGCAAAAUUUUCACAUAAAGUUGAAAAAAUCAGUGAUUAGACUCUGCCUGGGCCUCUCGCCCUCAUAUUUUGUUUCGAAUAAACGGUUCAUCCGACUGUAAUUGACUGUUUCUAAUUGUACAGCGAAAACUUCGUCCAGAAUCAUCGCUGGUAGGUAGCCGUUGCGCGUUGAGGAAAACAGAAUGUCCUCAACGGACGAUCGAGACGAUGGCGAAGGAGCCGAAUCGGACAUAAAAAUUAAGGAAGAACCAACCGACGAUUCAAUGGACGUGGAUUCCCCUCCUUCGCUGGGUCCAGCGGCGCUUGGGCUUCAUCCGGUGGGAAUGAAACUACCAACGAAAACCACUCCUACCCAACCGAUGCAGGCACUGAACGCCCGUGGGAUGCCAGCCCGUAUUCGCAAGAAAAACAAGUUGUUCUUCGAUGAGGAGCUGUUGAUCAACGAUAAGAUUCCGCCGAAGGGAAGCCCCAAGAAAGGCGGAUCGGGAUCGGUAACGUCUUCCCCGCAGAAGGGGCUGGUAACGCCAAGCAAGAGUUUGAACCGAUCGGCACAGAAGAAGAAACUGCUGUCGCGGUAUGAUCAGAUGAAAGACAGCUUGAAGAAGCGUAAGGAAGAUCCGGACGAGGACAGUACGAUGCGAGUUAUCAAUCCGAUCGCACUGCUGGAUAAGAAGGCUAGUCAGCGAAUUGGGCUGCGGUUGCGAAAUCUGCUUAAACUACCCAAAGCGCACAAAUUUGUCAGUUAUGAGUGGUUCUACAGUAACAUUGAUCGAUCGCUGUUCGACGGGGAGAACGAUUUUCAGAUGUGCCUCCGAGAGAUGUAUCCAGAUUUGAAGACACGGUUUUUGACCAGGGCCGAGUGGAACAAAAUUCGUAAAACUAUGGGCAAACCACGACGGUGUUCAGCGGCUUUCUUUGAAGAGGAGCGCAGAGAGUUGGAAAGAAAGCGUCAGAAAAUUCGGCUACUGCAGACCAAGAGGUCCGGAGACGUUUCGUUUAUACGUGACCUGCCGAAAGAAAUCCCGCAACCAUUGUCUGUGGGGACAAAAGUAACCGCCCGACUACGAUCACCGCAAGAUGGACUUUUCACCGGUACAGUAGAGGCGAUCGAUGUGAUGUCAAGUGCCUAUCGCAUCAACUUCGAUCGUCCCGGGUUAGGUUCGCACACGAUUCCAGACUUUGAAGUGGUGGCAAACGAUAAUCCAGAAAAGAUUGCUCUGAACGCGAUCACCAGGGAUUUUCGGCCAAAAUAUCAAAAUGCUUCCUUUUAUGUGGCUUCUCCGGCGGUUAAAAAUCCGAUUACAGGCAUUAAAGGAGAUCCCUUGCUAGGCGGUGAUAGUUACCCCAAGAUCCCCGGUAUGUCGGACAGUAAGAUGCUUUUCCCAAAAGAUAAUAUCGGUGGCUUCUCGGUCAAACUACUCGAGUUGAUUGUUCGAACAAAAAAGACUCUUUCCGCCAAGCAGAUGAAGCUGCUACGACUUCAAAAUAUGAAUUCGGAAGCCGAGAUCUACAAAUCUUACGCAGAUCCUUUCCCGGAGGAAUUUCAGAAGCGUUACGCCUCGCUAGUGGUUGCCAUGGAAAAGCUCAACCGAAACAUACACGAGCAGCUCAAUCAGCUACAGGUGAGCUGCAAGAGCCUUACGCAGGAUCCAGGAAUCCUUGCGAUGAUCUCGCCUAGUCACCUGAGGGAACAAUGUCGUGAACAGGCGGAUGAAACCUUUGACAAGAACAACCACGGUCAGCUUACCAACGAUGGAAUGAUCAAGCUGAUCAAGGAUCUCACCACCAUCAUGUACGUCGCGUCCAAUCUGGGAUCGAACGAGGGCCAAACCGAACACUGUCUGGAGGUACUGAAGGGUUGCCUGGAGGAAACGAAGGGCCGGCUCGAUUUUGACAACAUGGCUUCGUUCCAGCGGGGUGUUCAUCAGCACAUUCGGCACAUCCAGGCGGGUUUUGCGGCAGCUCACCGGUCGAAAGUGGAAGACGCGAACAGGAAGGAAACGCUCAAUCAGAUUGACAAGUAACGAUAAAACGUGUGGGUUUCGGUGGGGUGUGUGCAUUUUCUUUUUCUUAUAUCAGUCGUCAAACUUAGCCGGUAAAUGUAGAUGUAGAAACUGAAUUAUAAUCGAAUGGAGAACGAACAAUAAACUGAAUUGGGUUCUCGAGAGUCUAUUUGCGAAA